AUGUCAUAUUCCCAGGGCAGUACAGGAUCGAAUGGAAUGGCCUACAACAUGUUGAAUGCUUCGAUGAAUGCCUCACAAUCCCUCUCUUCCACCCCUCGCGCGACUCCACCCCCGAGAGGUUCGCAUAUGUCCUUUUCCGGCUACCCCAGCGGCCUCCCACGGACAUCGAGCUUUGGAGGUUAUGGUGGAUCAAAUGACAAUGGGUCUAUGUCAUACCAGGAAGCGCACAAACCACAAAUUUAUCGAGCCGUUUACUCCGAGAUUGCCGUUUAUGAGAUGGAAGUGAAUGGUGUUGCUGUUAUGAAACGUCGAUCCGAUUCUUGGUUGAAUGCUACCCAAAUCUUGAAAGUCGCCGGUGUCGUCAAGGCGAGACGAACGAAAACCCUCGAAAAGGAAAUUGCGUCCGGUGAACACGAGAAGGUCCAGGGCGGGUACGGAAAAUACCAGGGAACCUGGGUCAAUCACCAGCGCGGCGUGGAGCUCUGUCGAGAAUACCACGUUGAGGAAGCUCUCCGGCCGUUACUUGAGUACGAUCCCGGUUCCGGGUCCUUCGCCGACGGAGGUAUAGAAACACCCACAAAAGAACAAGCCAUGGCCGCCCAGCGCAAGCGUCUGUACAAUGGAGGAGAAAGUCGAAGUUCAUCACAGCCGCAGCAAGGCACCUUCUUCCAAAACAUCUCGCGCACUGCUGCCACUGCCGUGAACGCACUAAGCAAAGCGCGCUUCGACUCACCUAACUCCAGCAGUCGUCGCCCUAGCAUGGUCCGCAAACCUUCUCAACAAAUGAGCAGCCAAGAAUCUGGGCUUCCCUUCAGCAGCCAACAGAGCAUGUACAGUAUGUCUGACAGUGGGUUUGGCAGCUUGCAGAAUAGGCACCAGACCCAAGACGACCAAGAGAACCUUGCAGAACCUCCACGCAAACGAAUGCGCUCCGCUUCACACCACGCUCCACCCGGCCUUGCUCGCGAACACUCGAACCUCUCCAUGCAAGACCCCACUCCGACUGAACCUAACGACUCUUUCUACCAAGACAUGGAUAUCUUACCUCCCCCAAUUGAUGAUGGCUCCAAGCGCGGAGUCGACUCACUGGCCCCUGCUUCUACCCCCGAAUGCUUCCAAAAGGUGAAGCUCAUAAUGACACUUUUCCUCGACAAACGGACGAAAGACUUUACCAACCAUCCUGCGUUAUUGCAGUUGACUGGAGAUGACCUCGAAAUACCCCUCGACGAGUACCGCAACAAUGCGCUCCACUGGGCUGCAAUGCUUGCGCGCAUGCCGCUUCUGAACGCACUCGUAGCCAAGGGUGUCAGUGUCUCACGCGUGAAUGGUGCUGGAGAAACCGCCCUACAAAAGUCCGUCGGCACCCGCAACAACCUUGACUAUCGAAGCUUCCCUCGCCUGCUGCAAGUACUCGCUCCAACCAUUGACAUGGUCGAUUACAGCGGGCGAACAAUUUUGCAUCACAUUGCCAUGAUGGCUGCGACUGGUGGCGGUGGCCAUGUUUCCGCAAAGCAUUACCUAGAAGCCCUGCUUGAAUUCAUCGUACGCCAUGGUGGCAUUGCUCCUAGCGCGAAUGGAGAUCAUGCACCAAAUGGCACUUCAGGCGGCGAUGUCAUCUCCCUGGGGCGAUUUAUCUCUGAAAUCGUCAAUCUGCGCGAUGAUCAAGGCGACACAGCUCUCAAUCUGGCUGGUCGUGCUCGUUCAGUCCUCGUUCCGCAACUCUUGGAAGUUGGCGCUGAUCCCCACAUCCCCAACCACACUGGUCUUCGGCCAGCUGAUUAUGGUGUUGGUGUUGACAUGGUUGAUGGAAACUCUCAGUCCCAGCAGGCGGUUGAUCGGAAUGAUACGUUCAUCGACCAGCUAGCGAAGACAAAGAAGGAGAUCCUAGAUGCUGCCAUGUCUCAAAUCAGUGCCCUGGUGGAAGAAACCUUAGGCGGAAUCGACAGAGAGCUAGCGUCGACUUUGACUCAGAAGCAGCAAAGCUUCGACCACUGGCAUACAAAGAUCCGCGAGUCUGCUAAAGCUCGGCAGAUCGAGCAGAAACAAUAUGACGACCUUAGACGAAAGGAAUCCGAGCGCGUGGAACUUGACCGUCGAAUCAAGAACCUAGAGCGAUCAUCCGAGGGCUUGUUGGCUACAGUGAAGAACACACCAGGUCUCGAUGCGACGAAGACAGUCGUUGUGGGUGGUGCCGAUCGAGAUUCUGGUGUGGAUGUCGCUACAUAUGAUGCAUUGUUCCCUGAGAACUUCGACCCAGCGUCCGGGUUCUCAGAACAGCAAGUUGCUUUCCUGGAAUCUCUAUCUCCAACAGAUUCGCUCAGACGCCAGGCUCAAUGCUAUAAAGACUUCAACGCAGGCAUUCUAGCCGAGGUCGAUGGACUGAAAGCUAAAAACGCAGUACUCGGCCAGAACUAUCGCCGCAUGGUGAUGGCAUGCACAGGCUGGACCGCAGAGCAAGUUGACGAGGCUGCCGAGGGUCUCACGCAGUGUGUCAAAGAAUUGAAUGAUAACCCCGUCCCUGAAGAUGAGGCUAUUGAAAUCUUGAUGCGGGAUCGUGGGCAGGAUUGGUAG